GUGGGCCGCGAAGGACCCCACUGCCUGCCAUCAAGGAAGCUAGGCGGGCGGCUGUUCGCGGUUUGAGUACCAGGCGGUUCCACCAUGUCGAAGGUGUCCUUUAAAAUCACGCUGACGUCGGACCCGCGGCUACCGUACAAAGUCCUCAGCGUUCCUGAAAGCACACCUUUCACAGCUGUGCUAAAGUUUGCAGCAGAAGAGUUUAAAGUUCCUGCUGCUACAAGUGCGAUUAUUACUAAUGAUGGAAUAGGAAUUAAUCCUGCACAGACUGCUGGAAACGUUUUUCUGAAGCACGGCUCAGAGCUGCGGCUCAUUCCUCGAGACCGAGUUGGGAGCUGCUAAUGUAUGCUUCUUGGAAUGCACAGCCUCUCAGAAUGAACACUGGGAUUUGUUGUUGCUGUACAAUUGAAAUCAGGCAUUCACAGCACAAUGGAAGCACCGAGAAUCAGCGGAACAGGGAACCUUGACGCUUGUCCCUUCCUGUUCAUUUUUUCAUGGGAAGAGAGAAUGCCUUUGAGUGGAGGGUACCACACCACAGGUCACACCGUGGUGACUGCUGCCUCACCAGAAGAGAGUACCUCUGUGACAAAUGGACUGUGCUUUAAAACAAAAACAGCAAAACUGGAGGAUAAGUCUGCUAAUUCUUUUCAGGAGCAUUUGGAAAAAUUAAAAUUCACAGAAUCAUAUGUAUCUUCUAAUUUUGAAAUUUAAAAGGAUAAUUGAUCAUAGAAGCAUUUGGCUUGACAGCAUCUCUUAGUUAGACUUUUAAAUUAUAUAAUUUGUGAUGAACUUAAUAGGUAUUUGAAUGAACAGUUAAAUUUAUAUAAAACCAAACAUUGAAUUAUGGAAUCUAACCAUUGUAAGUUGCUGUUGUGCAUCGAAUAGCUUCAACAAUAAUGACCCUGUGAAAUCAAGUGUCAUGGUGGGAGCUGACAGUACCACAGGAGCACCCUUAGCUAUAUUAUGAAUUCCUUGAUAAAGAAUAAAGCUUUAAGACAGAAGUCCUUAAACCAUUAUUUUUGAAGAUUUUAUUUUUGAGCAGCAUCCAAAAGUAUUGUUGCAGAGAUGAUCUGAAGUGUUGAUGGGGUGUCCCUUAAUGAAGAGGAAACUUUAAAGAAGCUGUUAGCAUUAGUGACACGUGGAUAAAGAACCAGGGAAGCAAAGCCAGGCUUUUGCCAGAGAGCAGAGGAAGUGAGGGGGAGCAGGAGGCUGGCAGUAUCCAAAGUCAGGAUGGAGCUGUGGCAGGGGUGGAAACGUGUGAAAGGGAGAAGACUGGGCACAGGGUCAGAAGGCAAUUGCAUUACACAUCAAAACUCAGGGGAGCAAUCUACAAGGAUGGUGAAAGGGGGCUUGGUAGGGCUGACAGCCUGAGUUCAAGUGCCAGAGUGAAGGAGAUUACCAACUCCCCAGAGUCAUCCUCUGACCUCAUGCAGACACCCAGAUGUGAGCCAAUCCCCUCCCACGAUAACUAUUUGCCUUUACACAGGAAGUCCACAGCUGGCACAUGUUUCAAGAUGGAUCAAAUGCUGACUGAGGGAGAACUAGGCAGCUCUGCUUUAGUAGGGGAACUCUUUGGAGGUGAGGGGUCUCCCUAGAGGUAGAAGUACAAGUUCUCAAUAAAUACUAAGUUCAUUGAUAAUGUCUUCAGGACCAGUUUUUAUCUUGUGUCUCAUAUUCCUUAUCAUGGGGCUGUCUUAGUAGGAAGGAAUUGUCCUUAUCUACAGGUUUGCAGGUUCUGGGGUUCUGAAUUAUGUAGCAAUACGCAGCUCAUGUUUACUUGGGUUUUUAUGGUUAUGUCCAGUGCCUGGAGACCUUAUUCCUUAUAUUAGGCCUCUGCUAACCGGACAUUUAAAAAUAUUUGCCACCUAAUUCUGCUUCUAUUAAAUUUCUUCCAUUCUGCCUUUAGCACAAAAUUCUGCUUGUCAGUACUGUUUAUACAGACUUACAGUAUGAAAUGAUUUACCUAACAAACCAGUUCUUUAAUUUGAAAAUACAUAGUCUUGAAAAUAUUUUACUCAAAAACUAGGUAAUUUGUUAUUAAAUGUGAUCUGUAAGUUCAGAACAUUUUAGGCAUUGUAUUUAAUUUUAAUGUCUAUAAUUAAUACCUCAGGAAAAUACAUUUUGUUAUACCGUAAA